AUGGGUGCAGUUUUGUCUUCUUUCUCACGAAAAUUGACGUCGCAAAUAGAAUCUGACCCAUUUGAAGCACUAUCUGUCGAGGCAAGAACUAUGGCGGAGGCCAGUUAUGCUAGAGAUCCACAUCCUGCGAGCCAACAUGCUGACAGAUCUUGCUUUUCUCGAGAGGAACUCGAAAGAUAUUCAAACGCGCUUCAGACAUGCCACAAGUUUCUAACUGAAAGCGCAGUUUUUGUGAAACGACAGAGAUUCCUAGAGACUGAACUGGAUACUUGUCAAGAAAGGUAGGGGUUGAUAUUUUGUAUCUUUAAGAUUCGCACUUUAAGCAAUAAUAGCUAAUCAUCAAACAUCACACAAGCGUGAGCAAAAGAAGUUGUCUUUUAGAAAGUAGGAGGCAGUGUGAUCAUUUUCCCGGCAUGAAUUAAAUGUUUCAGAGUGUUCGCGAAUAUCUUGCGGAAAGUAUAAUUGAAGUCGAGUGAGAAAUCAAGUGACUGAUGAUCGUGGACUUUCCUGAAAUCUCCUCUUGUUGUAUAGGGGGUCAUACACAGAAAAUGUAGUAUAAACGCAAUCGAAAAACCACCUCAGCAUCUUCUGAAGUAAACGAUCCAAAUUCCAUUAUACAGCUCUCCUUGAGUUCUCAAGCUCAUGCACUUAGACUAUAGAGGGCAUCAUCGCUUCACAGUCAUGAAUAGAGAAUAAUUUUGGGCUCAAAAUUCUUCUUUCUUUGUCGAUCUGCUGUCGGUUAAUGCAUGACUGACUUAUUGAUAUCUUUAAAGGUUGCGACGAUUUACCGAAGACCACGCUCGCUUGAGUGAAAGUGUCAAUGAAAACAUCUCAAGUUCCAACCGACCAUCUGCACUGGAAGGAAAGUACGAACAGUUCUAUGAUCAUGAAAGGAUGGAUGCAAUCGAUUGCAUCGAAAAAUCACGUGUAAAAAAGGAACUCUCUAAAUGGACUGAAAUUGAUGACCAACGUAUCGCUUGUAUGGUAUUUGAGGUAAAAUGAUAUUUACCGGCUGACCUCUUUGAAACUUGUUUCCUUGUUUUAGUUAUUAUGUUUUAUGAAUCGGUGUCAUAUCAAAUCAAGGUGCUCUGUGAGCAAACUCGUGAAUUGCAAGAUGACUUACAUGAUGUUUGGAUUAUGUUUAAUGUUAUCUGGUCUAGCGAAUUUUGUGGUUGAUUGUCAUAUCUAGAGUACGAGCAGUAGUUCCGUGUUCGCUAAUGUAGCAUAGAAACAAUGUAACGUUGGGAUAAGAAGGCAUUACAAUUGAAAUGAUCAUGCUAUUACAUUUGACAAGGGUGGAUGAUGUCAUGUGUUUUAAACAAUAUCAUUUUUGUUUCUGGUUCAACUGAAAAGGCUGGAAGUAAAUGUGGGUGAAAAGUGCAAUUUACUGUCUAUCAUGUAAAUAUUGGAAAACCAAGGCAAUACUGUCUUAAUGAAAACAUUAAUGUUUCCCUCUUUAUCAAAUGAGACAAACGGGAACAACUUUUGAGUGAUAUAACUAAGCCCAGACUGCCACCAUCACUUCGGAUCUCCGCCUGGGUAGAUUUUGGUCACAUGCUAGGUAACAUACAAUCAAGAACAAGAUAGAAUAUCAUUUCAGGCCUAUUUAUCAAUAGUGUGGUGUAUAACUUUCGCAUUUUAGUACUUACUAUUUAUUUUGAAUCUUCAAAUUUUCUUGAAACUUAAAAGAAAAUUGUUCUUUAAAAAUUCACUGAAAAUCGGUAGCCAAUAUUAUUUGUUUAGGUGUUAUUUGAUUUUCGUGUUAACCUGUAAUUUCGUUAGUCGCCGGCACCGUCUGUUGCUUCAAACAGGAAAAACACACGAUACGAAAUGUAAUGAUCGAUUUCGUCCCCAAUCUCACGCCAUAGCAGAAAAAGCUUUUGAACACCUGUAAACUUCAGCGCUUCGGAGUAAGUGAUUUUUUUAAAGAAUCUUCGCAUUGUUUUCAAGUUCAAGGAUUGUAAAUCACAAUUUUAUGAAAAACGAAGAUUGGUCUCUUAUUUCAGUGUGAAUCCUUGCACGCCAGCCAGUCGCUGGCGCCGCUUGUUACAACUAAAACGACAAAUAAUAAACUCUUUUAAGAUUAUCAUUGGCUUCUUUUUCACCCCACCAUUAUUCUUGGCGACAAAGGUCGCCAUUUCGUUUGUUUAUUACUCACCAAAAACUACUAAAUGCACUCAAAAUCGAAAAAAAGUUUACAGGAAUCGAGCGAGCGAGCGAGUACCAUUCUCCACAUCAUAUCUACAACUCGCUCUUGUGCAUGUGCUCAAUUCACGAGUUAAAAAGGGCAUUAUGAAACUACUGAACUGAAAUCUUCUUGCCGGUUCAGAAAACCUCAGAAAUUCAAAGUGUCUUUGCUUUUAAUGAUUUCAUAGUUUAUGUUUGUGAUUAUUUAUUAAUAAAAAUUUCAAUUGUUGAUUUUAGGAGGCGUUCAAGGCAGCUCAAACUUUCAAGGAAAAUUUCCUGGAGGGCAUUUCGUGCAUGAUAAAGUCAGCACCGGCGAUAGGAGCUAAGUAUUCUGAAGGAAAGGUAAGGAAUAUUAUUGAAUAAUCAUUUACAGGACAUUUGUAACAUUUGUAGCAUGUAACAGAUUAAGAGAGGUUGUCAGUGAUUUUCAAGAAUUCGGCGACAGAAGCAAAAAUUCAACUUUUUUUUUAUUUGCUCCAAAAGACCCUUUUUGCGAAACUUUUUAAAAAAUAAUACUCAAAAGUUCCAGCGAGUUUUUAUUUUGGCAAAAAAUACGAAAGUACGAAAUCGGCCAAAACGUACCUAAUUUGCAUAAUUUCUAUUGGGCUUUCAGAGCAUUUUCACAACGCUCGUACAAGACAACGAAAAAUUCUCUUGGAUUCGUUUUUUCAUAAGUUUUUUUUCAUCCCUUGAAAAAGAAAAAGAAAUAUUGCAGGAAAAUCAAAGACAGUUUUUUUACAAACCGGCUUAAUACUUGAUCAAUAAAGUGUUUGUACAGACUGAAAAAAAACUUGGUUUGAGUGACUGAAUUUUAAGAUUUCAAAAUACUUGUAAUAAAUUAGAAAUUGAACUUUGUGAAGUGCAAUUUUGGUCUAAUUUCAUACUUAUGAUUUCAAACAAACUCGCGCUGUGCAUUCGUUCGCAUUGUAUAUCACUUCAAAUCAAAUUGCAUUUUACUCAGUUGAAUUGCCUUUAUAACUUGAACAGAUAGUUUGAUAUUUUGAUAACUUAGCCCGCACAGAUUAGAAUACUGGUGCUGCAUCUCAUAUAGUAAAAUUCACUGAUGUGUUUUGAGCUUAGAACCCUGAAGACCUCUCUGAAGGCCUCUUACAUUCCUUUUUCAUGAAAAUUUUACCCAAGUGAGCGAAUGUCUUCAUUUAUAUAUCCCAAUUACUAACCAUAAAUCAUUGAGGAUGACUAGUAUUAAAUAUAAAAUAUUAUGACAACACUCAUAGUCAGAGUGAAAAUGUCUAUUUCCUAUUUCACGCAGAGUGAUCUAGUAACUUUUUCUGUCAAACGUGACCAGUGUCAAUCAAGCUCUCUUGGGCAAAGUGAUAUGAACAAUUUGAAGGCAAUCUUAAAGGAGACAGCAGAAAGUUGUGACAUUGACGCAAUUAUCAAGGUAACUUAAAAAAGAUUUAUUUGAGAACAUUCGAAUAAUAAAACGGACAGAUAACAUUGGUAAAUGGAAAAGAUGGUGAAAAUUUAAUUCCCAUCGAGGAGUUCAAUUGCUGUUAAAGCAUAUUAUAUAAUACAUGUUGAGCAUUUCUCUCCUUUCUUCUCUUCUUAAAUAGAGAGUUUAUGAUUCUCUUUCUCAACGCCAAGAAAAAGGAAGACUCUCAGAUUACACAAGAGACUUCUUCUUUAAAAAAGAAAUGGAAAAGUACUUGGAAAAGUGUUGCAGGUAUGCUUGGAAGAUGGUUUGCCAGACUCCGCCCUAUUUGAUACAAGGAAAUUCUUUUGUACAUAAAUCAGAUCCUGCCUUCGAUCCUAGUAUCCAUCAAGUCCCCAGGAAAUAUGCCGAGCAUAAUUCAGGAUAUAUUCGCUUAGUUCUUUGGCCAGGUUUGUUUGAAGGAUCGUCAGGUAGAGUUAUUCGAAAAACUGAAGUCGUUUUAAAGUGAUAAUUCUUAACUGAAGGAACCCUCUAAAAUUAAUACCUAAAACUGGUGAAUGAGGCGUAGGUGUAUAACCACAUGAUAGAAAGUCGAUUCCUUCAUUUCUGUUCCUUUUUAACGUGUUUUUAUCGACUUAAGCAUGUAAGCGAAUGACGACAACUUACGAUCAAACGCAAGCGAAACUAGUGUCACCUUGCCAUACAUAGAUCGUUUAUUGGGUGAAUUUAGACUUUAGGACUAAAUCAUAAACAUUUGAUGAUUAUUAUUAUAAUUUAAUUUAAUCAUCGUGUUUUGCGUUUUGUGUAUGUUGCUAAUGAUCACCUUCCGUUUUUGUAAAUGAACAAUUUAUUCUACUAGUAAUAAUAUCUAAGAAUUUUGUAGUCUUGACUGUCAAAUAUUACAAAAUUUCGGAAUUAGGAACGAAAAAAUCGUUUUUAAUAGUUCAUACUUCGAAUAGCCCAAGCUCGAAUAGGGAGCCUCUCUAAGUAAGUAAAAUGAUAUGUCCCACAGUAAGCAAAAUAUGAGGAUUUGAGUAGGAAUGACCUCUUGCAUUUACAACCCAAAAACUUGAUCUAAUUUCGAAUAAAAUCAAACUUAC